AUGGCUAAAUCAUCAAGUAAAGUAUCAAAGAAAGACUCCAAAUCCAAGAAGGUCGAAAAGAAGGUUGUUGAAUCCGAAUCAUCUUCCUCUGAAGAAAGCUCAUCUUCUUCUGAAGAAAGCUCAGAUGAAAGCUCUGAUAACGAAUCAUCUUCAGAUUCUGAAUCUGAAUCCGAACAAGAAGUAAAGAAACAAAAGAAGGUUGCUGAAUCUUCUGAUUCCGAAUCUGAUUCCGACUCUGAAAGUGAAGAAGAAAAGGAAGUCAAGAAGGAAGCUGCUGCCGACUCCUCCUCAUCUGACUCUGAAUCUGAAAGUGAAGAAGAAAAGGAAGAAAAGAAAGAAUCAUCAUCCGAAUCCGAUUCUGAAUCCUCCUCAUCUGAAUCUGAAUCUGAUAGUGAUUCUGACGAAGAAGAAGAAGUUAAAGAUUCAAAGAAACGUAAGGCUGAAUCUUCCUCAGCUGAAUCUUCAUCUGAAACUUCCGAAGAAGAAGUUGAACAACCAGUUACCAAGAAAGCUAAGACUGAAGAAGAACCAGCUACUUUAUUCGUUGGUAGAUUAUCAUGGAAUGUUGAUGAUGAAUGGUUACAAAGAGAAUUUGAACCAUUAGGUGGUGUUAUUAGUGCUAGAGUUAUAAUGGAUAAGGCUACUGGUAAAUCUAGAGGUUAUGGUUAUGUUGAUUUUGAAUCUAAAGAAGCUGCUGAACGUGCAUUAAAUGAAUAUCAAGGUAGAGAAAUGGAUGGUAGACCAAUUAAUUUAGAUAUGUCUACUGGUAAACCACAUGCAGCCAAAUCUAAUGACAGAGCUAAACAAUAUGGUGAUACCCCAUCUGCUCCAUCUGAUACUCUUUUCAUUGGUAAUCUUUCAUUCAACGCCGACAGAGACAGUUUAUUCAAUACUUUUGGUGAAUAUGGUAGUGUUAUAUCAUGUAGAGUUCCAACUCAUCCAGAUACUCAACAACCAAAGGGAUUCGGUUAUGUUCAAUUUUCUUCUAUUGAUGAAGCAAAGGCUGCAUUAGAAGCAUUAAACGGUGAAUUAAUCGAUGGCCGUCCAUGUAGAUUAGAUUUCUCCACUCCAAGAGACAACAACAAUAGCAGAGGUGGUUUCGGUGGAAAUAGAGGAGGUAAUUUUGGUGGUAGAGGAGGAAACAGAGGUGGUAGAGGUGGUUUUGGUGGUAACAGAGGUGAUUUUGGCGGUAACAGAGGUGGUCGUGAAAGAUCAUUCUCUCCAAGACCAACAACUGAAUUCAAGGGUACCAAGAAGACUUUUGAUUAA